CUCGAGAUGCUAAAGUUCUACGCCAGAUUCGAGAUUAGCGAAGAGACCGGAGAUCCCCUGACCGACCACGACAUGACGCAGCUCCACUACUCGAAAAUAACGUCACUGCAGAAAGCUGCGUUCGCCAAAUUCCCCGAUCUACGUUCGUUUGCGCUCGCAAACGUGGCCAGCGUCGACACCCGGGACUCCCUCAACAAUCACUUUGGCCCCCUCAGCCAGGAGAAACUGAAAGCUAUCGCGAGCUACUUGAACCUGGUACCGCCGAAGGAGCGCGAGAGCUAUGAGAACUGGUACAGGCUGGACAUGGACUUCCUGCGCGAGUUGCUCAUAUCGAGACACGAGAGGCGAGCGUCGCAGCUGGAGAAGUUGAACGAGAUGCCGCUUUACCCUACAGAGGAUAUCAUCUGGAACGAGAGCAUCGUGCCCACCGAGUACUUCUCGGGCGAGGGUUGUCUCGCCCUGCCCAAACUUAAUUUGCAGUUCCUGACGCUCCACGAUUAUCUUCUCAGAAACUUUAAUCUGUUCCGGUUGGAGUCCACGUACGAGAUCCGACAGGAUAUCGAAGAUGCGGUUAGCCGACUCAGCCCCUGGCGAGCCGAGGAUGGUGAAGUGUACUUUGGCGGCUGGGCGCGAAUGGCACAGCCGAUUACGCAGUUCGCGGUGGUGGAGGUCAUCCAGCCGCACAUAUGCGAGAGAAGAUCGCCCCGCGUGCGCGCUGAAAUUACCGUCAACCUCAACGUGAGAAAAGAAAUCAAAUCUGAGUGGGAGAACCUCAGAAAGCAUGACGUCUGCUUCUUAAUAACCGUCAAGCCGCAAAAUACGAUAGGCACCAAGUACAACCAUAAACUGCCAUUUGUACCCCAAGUUGGUUUGACAACAGUGCGAGGUUGUGAGGUAGAGGGCAUGUUGGAUUCAAAUGGCCGAGUGAUAGAAGAUGGUCCCGAACCGAGACCAAUUUUACCAGGGGAUACGCGUACCUACCGUGUCUGGCUGGAUUCCAAUCAGUAUUUCAUAGAUAAUGCAAAUGACGAUGAUGAGGAUGUCUAUGGUAGCUUCAAUAUCAUCAUGCGACGUAAACCCAAAGAGAACAACUUUAAAGCUGUGCUCGAGACGAUUCGCGAGCUUAUGAAUACCGAGUGCGUUGUACCUGAAUGGCUCCAUGAUAUUAUUCUUGGCUACGGAGAUCCCAGUGCUGCCCAAUAUUCCAGAAUGGAGAAUGAGCUGGAUACGGUGGAUUUUAACGACACAUUUUUAGACAUUGAUCAUUUACGCGCAAGUUUUCCUGAUUACGAAAUUGUAACUGAUCAUCCUCCGGAAAAACUUGUCAGCCCCUUUUUACUCACAUUCGAAGAUGUCAUUUGCAAAAGAAAGAGAGAGGAACCACGUAAAGUCAUACGUGUUACACCACAUGUUCUGCCCAGCCGCGGACCUUUUAAAGCCAAUGAACCCAAAAAAAAUCAAAUUCCGUUCACGCCAACGCAAGUAGAAGCCAUUCGUGCGGGAAUGCAGCCAGGCUUGACGUUAGUUGUGGGUCCGCCUGGUACGGGUAAGACCGACGUGGCUGUGCAAAUCAUCUCGAAUCUUUAUCACAACUUCCCCAACCAAAGGACGCUCAUCGUAACGCAUUCCAAUCAGGCGCUCAAUCAGCUCUUUGAAAAAAUCAUGGCGCUUGACAUCGAUGAAAGACACUUGUUGCGUCUUGGUCAUGGUGAGGAAGCCCUGGAAACUGAAAAGGAUUUCAGUAGAUAUGGUAGGGUCAAUUAUGUUCUUGCCAAACGUCUAGAUUUAUUACAAGAAGUGCAAAGGCUACAGGAAUCCCUCGGAGUUCAGGGAGAUGUAGCGUACACCUGCGAAACAGCGGGUUACUUUUUCACAUACCAAAUAAUGACGAGGUGGGAGCGUUUUCAAUCGAAAAUAAAGCAAAAAGUCGGAAGUCAAGAAAUUGACAACGUACCUGCUUCAGCUGUCAGUGACGAGUUCCCGUUCCAUAGAUUUUUCGAUAACGCACCACAGCCUCUAUUUAAACAAAGCUCUUAUGAAGAAGAUUUGGCGAUCGCAGAAAGUUGUUACAGAUAUAUCGAAAGGAUAUUUACUCAGUUGGAAGAAUUCAGAGCAUUUGAGUUGCUGAGGUCAGGACUCGAUCGAUCUAAGUAUCUUCUUGUGAAAGAAGCAAAAGUCAUUGCCAUGACUUGUACUCAUGCAGCCUUGAAGCGCCGGGAGCUGGUAGACAUGGGAUUCAAGUACGACAACAUUCUCAUGGAAGAAUCUGCCCAGAUCCUAGAAAUCGAAACAUUUAUUCCUUUGCUCCUUCAGAAUCCACAGGACGGUUUCAAUCGCCUGAAGCGCUGGAUUAUGAUCGGAGAUCACCAUCAGUUGCCUCCAGUCAUUAAGAACAUGGCCUUCCAAAAGUACUCUAACAUGGAGCAAUCGUUGUUUGCUCGUUUUGUGCGUUUAAAUGUACCCACUGUCGAUCUUGAUGGACAAGGUCGUGCCAGGCCGAGUAUCUGUAAUCUGUACAACUGGCGGUACAAGAAACUCGGCAACCUCCAGCACGUGGAAGAUAGCCCCGAAUAUUUGAUAGCCAAUGCCGGUUUUCUGUACGAUUUUCAGCUCAUUAACGUUGAGGACUUUAACGGAGUGGGCGAGAGCGAGCCUAGCGCUUACUUCUAUCAGAAUUUGGCCGAAGCAGAGUACUGCGUUGCCGUGUUCAUGUACAUGCGACUCCUCGGUUAUCCAGCAGACAAAAUCAGUAUACUCACUACGUAUAAUGGUCAGAAACAUUUGAUUCGGGAUGUUAUAAACAUCAGAUGUGCCAAUAAUCCACUGAUAGGCCGACCCGCCAAAGUCACAACAGUCGACAAGUACCAGGGUCAACAAAAUGACUACAUUCUUUUGUCCCUCGUCAAAACCAGAGCAGUUGGUCACUUGAGAGACGCUCGACGUCUAGUUGUAGCAAUGUCUCGAGCUCGUCUCGGGCUCUACGUGUUUGCCAGAAUUUCGCUUUUCCAAAAUUGCUUCGAGCUCACACCAGCAUUCGACAAACUGAUGCGACGGCCGCUCAAUCUCAAAAUCAUUCCUACGGAAUCGUACCCAACAACGAGGCCGAAUGAUCAAGAGCCCUCAGAAACACCCAUGGAAAUUAUAGAUAUGCCGCACAUGGCCAAAUUUGUCUAUGAUUUCUAUCUCACAAAAGUCAACAUGAAGGAUGUUCCACAACAAAUAUGGCCAACGACAAGCGUCGAUGUCACGGAGUCAACAGAUCCGUACUACGAUCAUCCUGGAGCAGGUGAUUCCGAUGAUGAUAUGGAUGAAAAACCAGUAGUCCAAAAAUCAGCAGCAGAUGAUAAGACUGAGGAAAUGCCUUUGGAUAACAAUUCCGUGGGUGAUGUUCAAAAAGAAUCGGUCAUCUCUCCCAUUGAAAAUUUGGUUCCAGAAGCAAUGGAAGUAUCGCAAGAAACACCAGAGUCGCAGCAAUCCCAAGACGUGGUAGAGGAAGAAGAAGAUGAUGAUGAUGAUGAUGACGAUAGAAAAGAGGUUAAAGAGGAUACACAGAAUGAAAAGAAAGCAGAAUAAAUAAAUUAAUAAAGUUUUUUUAUUUUAAA